GAAACAAGUGUUAAAAUGUUUAGCUGCGUGGACAUCCUGGGCAAUCUAUCCACCUGAUUUCUUAAUCAAUCUUCAAAAUAUUUUCCUUGGACAUUCACAGAAAAGUGUUACUGAUCAAUUUAUUGUGGUAAGUAUGUCUAUGCGGUUAUAUUUUGAAUAAUAAUUGGAAAAAAAUUUCGUAAGUUUAGUCGGUAUUUGUAAAAUAAAAUCGCUUGUAUAAUGGACUCAACCUGUUUAAGAAGAGAUGUAAUCAUCUAAAGCAUGUCUACAGUACGCAUGUCGACGUGCACUCCAUUGUGUAUGCACUUGAUCCCAUUCCGUGCUCACAUUGUUAUAUAAACAUUGAUAUUUUGGGCAUUGGGUAACAAUCUAUGAAGCUCCAAACUAUUUAUUAUUUCAAAUAUGUAACGAUAACAGUUUUACCUUUUACACACAACGUCUUCAGGCAUAAAUUCAAUACAAUGUGCUAUUUUAAUGCACAUAAACAUUAAGCAUGCAUGGUAUAAAUCGAAAGCCAAAGUAACGUCCAGUGCUUUCAAUGCUGCUUGACUGAGACGCAUGACAUUUGUUUAGAAUCGUAACCGAAACAUAUUUGACAUCAAGAGUGAUGAUCGACGUGAUGAUGAUGAUGAUGAUGAUGAUGAUGAUGUCGCUAUAUCAGAUAUUGAUGGUUUUCCGUUAAGCAAAGAUUCUUCUGAUAUCGAUGGUGUUCCAUUAGCUGAUCUCGAUGGUGUACCAAGUAAGUUCUCAUCAAAAUGUUUUAGUUCUUGUUCACCAAUCACAUUGCCGAAAUUCAUUUUUCGUUUCACUUUCGCGCGAAUAUAGGCUGUUGUCUGCGUCCCGAUAUCAUUCACUUUCAUUCAGCAUGUCUUAGAUCUGAAAUAUUUUUACGGCAACUAACACUUUCAAGCACGCUGAGUUCAAAUCCGAAAAGUUCCCGCUCCGGACCAAUUUCUAUUAACCAGUCUUCCUUUUAACAAACUCAAAAGUAACGCGAAGCCAACGUAAAGGCAAAGACAACGCUAAAAUGAAUAAAUGUUCACACAGAAGACAAAGAUCAGUCCCAAAGUAUAAAAUCUGCUCUGUAUAAACUUACGACGAAGUGGAGAAAUGUGUGCAUGAGCUGUUUAUUUGGUGAUUUCAACGUAUAUGGAAGCCCUCUUUGCAAUAAAAUUCGCUUAUCGCACAGCAUAACACCAACUGAUGUAAUAGUUCAAAUGCAAUGAUAAGUUACCUCUUGAAUUACGUCUCGGAAACCUUGUUGGAAAUUUAAAUGCUGAUCCAUUACAUAAGAUUACCAUUUUACAUCUUUGUAUAAAACAUUUUGAUCGCAUGUAAGGAAUUAUUUCUCAGCCCAGAGACAUAGCCCAAAGACUUAACAUUUAACGUCGUUGUGAUUUUAUAGAGAUAGAGUCAGAACUGAGGAUUUUAGAAAGCGUUAUCUGUACCUUCUCAAAGUUGUAGACAAGAUAUGUUGUUUACGUCCAACACGCAUUAGAUUACAUAACUCAAAAUGAUUCCAGCAAAACCGGUCUUUUGUUAAAAGGAAGACUGGUUAAUAGAAAUUGGUUCUUUUGAGUGACAUAAUCGUUCGUCGUCAUGCAGCGAUCCGUGUCGUUGAACAGUGAAAAAAGUUGUGAAAUUAGUGAAGAUAAAAUAGCAGUUUGUGAGAAGACUGCGGGUCUACGGAGCGGGAACUUUUCGGAUCCGAACUCAGCGUGUUCGAAAGUGUUAGUUCCCGUAAAAAUAUUUCAGAUCUAAGACAUGCUAAAUGAAAAUCGUUUUCUAGGCACUUUUCGAGGUCACAACACACGGAACACAAAACAUUUGGGUUUCCAACCGUUCAGAUCAGAAAAUUCGAAUCCAAUUAGAAGGAGGUCCAUUUUCACUAGAUUUUGAAGAAACCUGCAUGUGCCAGAUAUUUCCAUUAAUACAGAAACAGAAAUUCUGAUCUGACCGGUCUGGUCAUUAAAUGGAAAGUGCCUAUAUAAUAGAGAUCCUCCCUAAUAUGGACAGCGAACACUGGAUAUCGUCCCCAGAGAAUAAAUACAUAUAAAUGUAACCUCUUUAUUACAAAGAUGUCAUACCAUUUCGUUGGUACAUGGAAUGCAGAUUUGCGUUGUUCAUUUCGUUUUGAAUGCAUAAAUAAACACUGAAAUGUAGACCUGUUUUUAGUUACUGAACACUUAUAGAACUUUCAGUGGAGUCCAAUCUCGAACCCAGAGCCAUCGGUUUGCGUGGCACGAGAUUGAGAGGAAUAAAUUGCAGCAGGUAGUAGCUAUAUUAAUAAUGCCAUAAUUUACUAUUUUAGUGGAUGAUAUUGAUGGCAAACCAAUGAAGACAGGUAAUGAGACCCCGCAAAACAAACUACUGUAUAUCCCGCAAAUUUUGGAAUAAAAAAACUUGACUGUUGACUAUAUAUUUUUGUAUCUAGCGGUCUAUAUCAGAGUCAUUAUAUCAAAGGUCCGACUAAACUAGUUACAUAAAUGAAAGCUAAGAAUCUAAAACCAAAACUAGCGCUCAACAGACGUGCCAAACAUCUUGGUUAAAACAGCAUCCAAUAUCUUAUCACCUGUUGGUUUUACAGUGAUAUUUAAUGAAUCUAUAUCGACAGGUAUUGUGCCAGAUGUCCUGAAAAUAGCUAGUAUCACGCCAAUCUUUAAGAGUGGAGCAGUGACGGAUCCAAAUAACUAUAGACCUAUAUCGAUCCUAUCACCCUUUGCAAAAAUAUUGGAGCGCUUAGUAUAUAAUCAAUUGCAAAGUUUUCUAAGAAAGCACAACAUAAUUUACGAUUAUCAAUUUGGAUUUAGAAAAGGGCAUUCCACCAAACAGGCAAUAUUAGAAACAACGGAUUAUUGAUAAGAACGAAGUAACAUGUGGACUAUUUCUAGACUUCUCUAAAGCUUUCGAUACUGUAAAUCACGAAAUUUUACUAUCCAUAUUAUAUAGAUAUGGAAUACGAGGAAUUCCACUGCCCUGGUUUUCGAGAUUAUUUAACUAAUCGCUACCAAUAUGUAAAGUUCGAUAACGUUGAAUCUGAACAGCAAAAGAUGACAUGUGGAGUCCCUCAGGGAUCAACAUUGGAUCAAUAUUGUAUAUAAAUGACAUGCUUAAUUGUUCAAAAAAGCUUUCUUUUCGAAUAUUUGCUGACGAUACGAAUAUAUUUUAUUCGCAUAUAUCUAUAGAUGAAAUUGAACGAGUAAUGAAUGAUGAACUACAUCAUAUAAUACAGUAUUGUAAUAUAAAUAAAAUUUCGAUAAACUACAAUAAGACUAACUAUAUGGUAAUUACAUCUACAGAGAAGAAAGUACGUCAUAUAACGAUUAGCAAUAUUGAAGAAAAAUUGUGUAUAAAAUAUUUAGGAGCUUAUAUAGACAAUAAAUUAAACUGGAAGUAUCAAAUAAAACAUGUUCAGUCAAAAAUUGCUAAAAAUUUAGGUAUCUUAAGAAAACUUAGAUAUUACACUGAUUUAAAGAUACUUAAACAACUCUAUUAUACUCUAAUAUAUCCUUAUCUUAAUUAUGGCUUAAUGAGUUGGGGUAAUACAUACACAACUGUUCUUAACAAAUUGAGAUCCUGUCAGAAUGCAUGUAUAAAAAGCAUUUUCUUUGUUCAUAUGAGAGAAAAUGCUACGCCAUAUUACAAUAUUCUGAAGUUUGAUAACAUGUUUAAGUUAAAAAUUGGUAUAUUCACAUACAAGAUUAUUAAUGAUCAAUCUAAUAUUCCUGCUGUUUUUGGUCAAACUAUCCAGCUUGCCUCCGCAUGCCAUUCGUACAACACUAGAUUUGCUGAUAACUAAAAUUUUAGUAGACCAAGAGCUCGAACUAAUUAUGGUGUUCAUACAUUCAAUUUUGACUCUUCGCAAAUAUGGCAAAGUAUUGAUUCUGAAAUUAAACUUGCAAGCUCAGUUACAAGUUUUCGGAAACAAUUCGCGCACUUUUUACUUUUUUCAUAAAAUUAAAUACCUCAAAUCAUCUAUCUCGCUCCUAGUGAACUAGUUUAACUAACUUACUGCAGUGGUCAACUCGAAAGCCUAGGCUACUUUGAUCAUUGUGCACAACUGUUACUUUAAUAACCGCUUAUAAUGUAAUCUAUGGUAUUUAGUUUUCUGUAAUAUUUUAUGUAUUUUGUGUAUUUAUGUAUAAAUGUGCGAAUCCUAAUAAAAUCCUAAAUCCUAAAAAUCCAUUCCGACUUUUCAGGAAGAACGUACUGAGUAGUUGUUUUCCUCGCGAUUUUCCCCGUUAAUUUGGUUUCGUGUCAGUUAAUUUUUUGCUGUUAAAUUAAUAUUGUUUUGUUUUCCGUAGUCUCCCCCACGCAUAUCCCGUCGAAAUGGGACCACCCUGAACUGGCGUCGAAAUGGGAUGGAAGUGAUACAACGGAAUCGAAAUGGGAAAGAGUGAAAGAGCAACGAGAUACAAGGUGCUGAAUAUUGUGUUACUAAGGCUUGUGACUAGUGUUGUUUUAGUAUGGUGUUUUCAAUUUAGUUUUAGUUCAGUUUUAGUUUAAUGCAGUAAUUUAUGUUUAGUUUUAGGAUUUUUUUUUAGUUCUAGUUUAGUUCUAGUUUAAAAUAGAAAUUUUAUUUUAGUUUUAGUUUAGUUCGAGUUCGAAAGAGGAAUUUCAUUUUAGUUCUGGUUUAGUCCUAGCUAAGAAAACAUUUAGUUUUAGUUUUCAGUGGUUCAAGUAUGUACGAAAAUGUUUGUAUAAAGGCCACUACUAUAGGCCAGGAAAGACCAAAUAUUAUAUAUUCAAAAUCCGCAAUUGUUUAUUUCGAAUUCAAAAUUGCUUUAUUGACCUGUUCAAGUGAUUGAAGUGAAUAAUGCACUGGCAGCCUGGCAGGACUAUACAAACUCAGACAACGUUAUUUAUAAAUAACCCAAUGUAAACCAGGGUCGAGGUUUCGAAAAAUUGUUUCGGUUUUCCAGUUACAGGAAGUAUAAAAUCAUAGGCGGAAGGCGGAAUCGACAGUUUACGAUCAGUUCGCGACAGUUCACGAUCGUGCACAAAGUCCCCUCGAAGGUCAAAUGUUAUAUUUCAAAAAAAUAGAUCAUAAACAAUUAAACCUACAAUCUGUUGACUAAUUAAAUUCUGUCGUUUAGUUUUAGUUGUUGGUGGAAAUUUUGCUUUUAGUUCAAGUUUAGUUCUAGUACUUGCUGCUGAUUUUGCUUUAGUUCUAGUAUAGUUCUUGUAUUUAUCUCUUAAAUCGCUUUAGUUCUGGUUUAGUAUUUAUCUCUUUAAUUUAUUUAGUUCUAGUUAGUUUUAGUUGACUAAAUUAUUUUGGCACGACUAAAAUAGGGUUUUAGUUUUAGUUCUAGUUGACUAAAACAACACUACUUGUGACAACAACUAAGUAGUUAGUGUUAUAAUGAGUCGAGUCAUUGACUCAUUGAGUCGACUUGAGUCGCUAUUUUCUGCGACAGCGAAUCUUAUCCCAUAUCUGUGUUAAAAGCGGCUUUCUGAUUGGUUUAGAGCAGGUGAGCUUGUCGUCGAGCUCACCUGCUUUUUGCCGCAACUCACCUGCUUUUUGCCCGAACUCACCCGGGAAACUGCUUACGUUGCAAUAACAAAUACAAACAAAUAUGGCGGACAAGAUUUAGGCGAUAAACCUAAACUUUAAAGAACUUUUUUCGGUGACUAACCUAUACUGAGACUGAAGAAAAACCAAAGAAAAAAUGCAAUAAAGGUAAUCUAGAUGUAGAUAAAGAAGUAUUAAGAGCCCAUUGAUUUUUUUGGCCGAGAAAAUGUUGACAAAACAUCGACGAAUAUAUCACAAAGAGCUACAAUGUGUAUGGCUCGGUCUAUGGGAUAAAAACCAAACAUACUUGCAGGUUCGGUGAGUCCGGGAUUGGACGCACCUCGGGUGGCUGGAAGUCCCCCGAACUCACCUCGCUUCGCUCGGUAAGUUCGGGAAACUUCCAGCCACUCUCGGUGCGUCCAAUCCCGGACUCACCUCCCUGCAAGUAUGUUUGUUGUAGAGUCCAAUACGGAAAAUGACUCUCGAGUCAGCAGCCCCAAAUGACUGCAUGCGCAUGGGACUCGACUCGAGUGAAGCUAUUGACUCGACUCGUGACUCGACCUUAGAGUGACUCGACCUUUGAGUGACUCGACUCGUGACUGGACCUUUGAACUUGACCUUUGAGUGACUCGAAUCAUGACUCGACCUGUGGAUGACUCGUUAGCACACUGGCUAAAACCGCUGUGGCUGAAACCUUCAAGAGUGAAAUUGACCCGAGAAUACAAAAUAUUUCUACGUACGACUAUUCAUUAUUAGCUUCCGUCGACGGGACUUUUAUAUCAUAAACGUAUAAACCGUAAAUGUUAUUCUCUUAUAUAGUGACGUUUCGAAAGAAAUUUCAGUCGAUGCUGCAAAAAGUGUGAAAGAUAUCGACGAAGAUAAACGGAAACGAUUGCGAGAGGUUGAAAUAAAAGUGGCAAAGUAUGCAGAUAAAUUGGAGUCAAGUGGCAAAGAAACUUCAAAUAGUAUUAAAGAAAAAGUUGAACAGUAUAGACAGCAGCUUUUAGAGGUAAGGUUGAAAAUUAUGACCUCCCACAUUAGAAUAUAGCUCUUGAAAAAUCAACUAAUUGCUUGUAUGUUUCCAUGGCGAGCAACGUGUUUCUUCACUUUAGUGGAAAAGAAGUAAAAUCUAACCCAUACUGUAUAUAAGAGACAGCGUACAGCCGCAAUAGUGAGGAAGGGCUACAACGUUUGAGGAAAACGUCCCAAUGUGUUGGCAACCUAAAUUCGCACCACUAUAUUAUCCCAUAUAAGUGUCCACUACUGGCAAUAUAGAUAGAUUCUCGAUUUUAAAUCGUUUUGUGUUUCUAUCUAGGAAAAUGAGCCGCGUAAAUCCAAGAAAAAGAAACGUCAUUCAUCGCCAACUGAGGAAUCUUCCAAGAAAAGAAAAUCUCGAAGUCGUUCAAGUAGUCCAUCACGUCGUCGUCGUUCUUCAUCUUCUUCAUCAAGUCCAACUCCAAAUGCCUUGACUAAAUCACUGCAGGUUUUGUGAUUUAUUUAUCUUUUAUAAAUAAACUAAGUGCAAGUUUGCUUUAAUUGGUUUAAUAUAAGCAAUAGACCCACUGCACUGACGUCACAAAUCCUUAGAGCGUCCUCCAGAUGCUCCCUAACAAUAUCUAUUCGGGUACAACAACCACACAUAGCGCAAAAAUUGACCUUUUUAAUACAAAAUUAUUAUAAAAUUUUACAAAAUUUGCUUGUUUACAAAAGUUAUAUUAUGCACAGAUUGCUAAUUUGUCCUCCAGAUGCAUCGUCACCGGCGCUGUGACGUCAUGUGCAAUGGGUCCAUACUUAAAUAAGUCCUUCUGCCUUGACUAAAUCAGUACGUAAUUAACAUACACCGUAAUUUAUUUAAAUUAGUAGGUAAUCAGUCUGUACUCUAGUCCCCCAACAUAUACGUGUAUAUUAUUAUUUCAGUAGUGACAUUGUUAUGUCACUCUAGAACUCUCUUACUCUCAUACUAAAUACUAUUUCAGUCACUGAAAGGUUAUGACUCCCCCGCCUCGUCACCUCACUCCAGACAUCGUUCCCCCUCGCCCUCAACGGAAUCCAGCAAGAGACGACGUGACAGUUCACCACGGAAAAAAUCCUCAAAGAAAAAGCGAUCAAGGUCAAAAUCUCCAAAGAGCAGUAAGAAAACAAAACGAAAAGAACGCAGUCGAAGUCGCAGUCCUGCCAAAAGUUCUAAGAAAUCUAAAUGAUUCAUUUCACAUUUAUAACAAGAUCUUGGAAAGUUUGAAGUCAGGAAAACAUUAAUUUAAGGACCAACUCUGCAUGAGACUGCAUUGGCAUGGAGUGAACAAACAGAUGUAACAUUGACGAGUACAUGAAUCCUUAGCUUAACAAUCCUAAAUUUACGAGAACGCG